UGAAUACGCAUUAUGCUUCAUCAUCGUCAUCGCGGCGGAAAAGUUACCUAGAGUAUUGAAUUGUUAGCUUAGCUCUCCACACUAAUAUUAUGGCAACUCUUGAAGAUAAAGAAAUUUGGAAAGACGCUGACGAAGGCUUAGAUGCAGAGGUUCUUCGCAUGUCUAAUGAAGAACUUGCUAGCAGAACAAGAUUACUGGAUAAUGAAAUAAAAAUCAUGAAAAGUGAAAUUUUGCGAGUUACACAUGAACAGCAAGCAAUGAAAGAUAAAAUAAAAGAAAACACUGAAAAAAUAAAAGUAAACAAAACGUUACCAUACCUUGUAUCUAACGUGGUUGAAAUUUUAGAUGUGGACCCACAGGAUGAAGAGGAAAUUGAUGGGGCUAAUGUUGAUUUGGAUUCUCAAAGGAAAGGAAAAUGUGCCGUUGUGAAAACAUCAACAAGACAAACAUACUUUCUACCUGUAAUUGGAUUGGUCGACCCUGAAGAAUUAAAGCCAGCAGAUCUAGUUGGUGUGAACAAAGAUUCUUACUUAAUAUUAGAAACAUUACCAUCUGAAUACGAUGCCCGUGUCAAAGCCAUGGAGGUUGACGAGCGUCCGACUGAACAGUACAGUGACAUCGGUGGUUUGGAUACACAGAUUCAAGAACUGAUUGAAGCUAUUGUGCUACCUAUGACACAUAAAGAACGUUUCGAAAGAUUAGGUGUGUCCCCACCAAAAGGUGUUCUAUUAUACGGACCACCAGGUACUGGAAAAACACUCCUGGCACGUGCAUGUGCUGCUCAAACUAAGGCUACAUUUUUAAAACUUGCUGGUCCACAAUUGGUGCAAAUGUUUAUUGGUGAUGGUGCUAAGUUGGUGCGAGAUGCUUUUGCAUUGGCGAAGGAAAAAUUGCCAGCGAUUAUAUUUAUUGAUGAAUUGGAUGCAAUUGGUACCAAACGUUUCGACAGUGAGAAAGCAGGAGAUCGUGAAGUACAGAGAACUAUGUUAGAGUUACUGAAUCAGUUGGAUGGUUUUAGUAGCACGUCACAAAUCAAGGUUAUAGCUGCUACGAAUCGUGUUGAUAUAUUGGAUCCAGCUUUGUUAAGAUCAGGACGGUUAGAUCGUAAAAUUGAAUUUCCUAAUCCAACAGAAGAAGCAAGAGCACGAAUUUUACAAAUUCAUUCAAGAAAAAUGAAUGUGAGCUCUGAGGUAAAUUACGAAGAGCUCGCUCGUUGUACCGACGAUUUUAACGGCGCCAUGUUAAAAGCAGUUUGUGUGGAAGCAGGAAUGAUUGCGUUGCGGCGAGAAGCAGCCGAGUUGAUUCACGAGGAUUAUAUGGACGGUAUAUUAGAAGUGCAAUCAAAGAAGAAAUCAAACUUGGUGUAUUAUGCAUAAUUUAUGCAUCCCAAAAUGGCGUUAUACUACUUUUGAGCAUGAAUAAUUUUUACAACGAACACGUUUAAGAAGCUUUGGCGUACUUGUUUUGUCUACGCUCUCUUUUCUCUGGUGCUAUAAUCGUGCAACAAAUCUGCUUUGUUUUUUUCUCUUUUAUAAGAAUGAAAAAGAGGAGAGAUUGUAUGACACGGCAAUUCUUUGUAGUGUGGCUGCAUUAAAUUUUAAUCAUCGCUAACCAAGCAUGCCAUUUAAGCAAGAAUUUCGGUAUGUUUGACGUGUACUAGCACAGCUGUACACAAACCAGUUUGUACAAAACUUGAUUCGGAAAUAAAUAUCCGAAAAUGUU